UUCUGCCUUAGGAAAGCAAUGAAAAUGCAUUGCCCAUCUGUAGGGAGUUGACCCGAGCUUGGCGGUGGUCUGGAUCUCUUUCUCCCGGAAGGUGUUGAGAGCGGGUAUAGGCCAUUAAAAUGCGUCUUGAGGAUGUGUAGGGACGUGAGGAACGUGCACGGGUGCAUGCCCGUCCGGGGUGACCAUGGCCAUGCAUCCUCCCCUUCCUGCACAUAGAAGGCAGCGGAGGUUGUCCAUCAAACCGGCGGCGGCGGGAGGAGGAGGGUGUGGAAAACGCUUCUUUCGCGACCGCUCCUUGAACAGCCAAUCGCAAGGCAGGAAGUGGGCAGGUUUAUAGUCGGUCGCUAUCGCGUGGAGGGAAAGGAGGAGGGAAAAAGAGCGUUGCAUUUUAUAUUUAUAUAUUUUACCCUGUGAGGCUGAACCAAGGACCUCUAGAAUCUUUCGCUUGUAAGAAGAAAGGGGAGGAGAGAAACGGAUCGCUUUGCAUCCUUGCAAAUUUCAGCUGCCCUCCCCCGCCCCAAUUGUGCUGGUUAGCAAAACCACCCUGGGAAAAAGCUCUUAUUUAACCAGACAGAAUGAUAGCUGCUCAGCUUCUGGCCUAUUACUUCACAGAAUUAAAGGAUGAUCAGGUCAAAAAGAUCGAUAAAUAUCUGUACGCCAUGCGGCUCUCUGAUGAAACUCUGCUGGAUAUUAUGGGACGCUUCAGGAGAGAGAUGCGGAAUGGACUUUCCAGGGACUUUAACCCAACAGCCUCUGUAAAGAUGCUUCCUACAUUUGUAAGGUCUAUUCCUGAUGGCUCAGAGAAAGGAGAUUUCAUUGCCCUGGAUCUUGGUGGAUCUUACUUUCGUAUUUUGCGAGUGAAAGUGUCUCAUGAGAAAAAGCAGACGGUGCAAAUGGAAACAGAGAUUUAUAACACUCCCGAGGAUAUUAUGCAUGGCAGUGGAACACGGCUCUUUGACCACGUUGCUGAAUGUUUAGGCGAUUUCAUGGAGAAGCAGGAAAUCAAGAACAAGAAGUUGCCUGUUGGGUUCACAUUUUCUUUUCCAUGUAGGCAAACCAAGUUAGAUGAGGGUGUUCUAAUAACCUGGACAAAACGUUUCAAAGCAAGUGGUGUCGAGGGAGCAGAUGUAGUGAAGUUGCUAAACAAAGCCAUCAAGAAGCGUGGGGACUACGAUGCAGACAUCAUGGCAGUUGUCAAUGACACCGUAGGGACCAUGAUGACCUGCGGAUUUGAUGACCAGCGUUGUGAAGUUGGCUUGAUCAUUGGUACCGGCACUAACGCCUGCUACAUGGAAGAAAUGAGACAUAUUGAUCUGGUGGAAGGCGACGAAGGGCGGAUGUGCAUCAAUACCGAAUGGGGAGCGUUUGGAGACGAUGGCUUGUUAGAAGACAUCCGGACUGAAUUUGACAGGGAGAUCGAUCGGGGUUCCGUUAACCCUGGGAAGCAAUUGUUUGAGAAGAUGGUCAGUGGCAUGUACAUGGGCGAGCUUGUCAGGCUGAUCCUUGUCAAAAUGGCCAAAGAAGGUCUUCUUUUCGAGGGGAGAAUCACUCCUGAACUUUUAACCAAAGGGAAGCUAGAAACAAAGCACGUUUCUGCCAUGGAGAAGAGCAAGGAAGGUUUGCAAAAGGCCAAGGAGAUACUUACCCGUCUUGGGGUUGAGCCCUCCCACGAAGACUGCGUCGCCGUCCACCACGUGUGCACAAUCGUCUCCUUCCGCUCUGCCAACCUGGUGGCUGCCACUCUGGGUGCCAUCCUUAACCAGCUGCGGGACAACAAGGGAGUGGGCCGCCUGCGCACCACCGUGGGGGUUGAUGGCUCCCUUUACAAGAUGCAUCCGCAGUAUUCCCGACGGCUGCAAAAAACCGUGCGCCGCUUAGUGCCCGACUCAGACGUGCGCUUUUUGCUGUCUGAGAGCGGCAGCGGCAAGGGCGCUGCGAUGGUCACAGCGGUAGCAUACCGGCUAUCAGAGCAGCACCGCCUGAUAGACGAGACCCUGGCUGAAUUCAAACUUACUCAUGAGCAGCUGCUGCAGGUGAAGAAGAGGAUGCGGAUGGAAAUAGAAGCAGGCCUCAAGAAGAAAUCACACGAUCACGCCAAAGUCAAAAUGCUGCCCACCUUCGUCCGCAGCACACCUGAUGGGACAGAGAACGGAGACUUCCUGGCCCUGGAUCUUGGAGGAACAAACUUCCGAGUUUUGCUUGUGAAGAUCCGAAGCGGUAAAAGGCGAAUGGUGGAGAUGCACAAUAAAAUCUAUGCCAUUCCUAUAGAGGUCAUGCAAGGUACUGGAGAGGAGCUGUUUGAUCACAUUGUUUCCUGCAUAUCGGAUUUCCUGGACUACAUGGGAAUAAAAGGUGCACGACUCCCCCUGGGCUUUACGUUUUCUUUCCCUUGCAAACAGACAAGCUUAGAUGCUGGCAUCCUUCUGAACUGGACCAAGGGCUUUAAGGCUACUGACUGCGAAGGGGAGGAUGUUGUUAAUUUGCUACGGGAAGGAAUAAAAAGAAGAGAAGAAUUUGACUUGGAUGUUGUGGCCGUGGUGAAUGAUACAGUCGGGACUAUGAUGACUUGUGCCUAUGAAGAUCCCAAUUGUGAAAUUGGACUCAUUGUGGGAACUGGCAGCAAUGCAUGUUACAUGGAGGAAACGAGAAACAUAGAGAUGGUAGAAGGAGAGCAAGGAAGAAUGUGUGUGAACAUGGAAUGGGGCGCGUUUGGAGACAACGGAUGCCUAGAUGACAUCAGGACAAUCUAUGACAAAGCUGUUGAUGACUACUCAUUAAACAGCGGCAAGCAAAGGUAUGAGAAGAUGAUCAGUGGAAUGUACUUGGGGGAAAUCGUGCGGAACAUUUUGAUUGACUUCACGAAAAGAGGAUUCCUCUUCAGAGGUCAAAUUUCAGAGACACUGAAAACGAGGGGCAUUUUUGAAACAAAGUUCCUUUCACAGAUAGAGAGUGACAGGUUAGCGCUGCUUCAGGUCCGUACAAUCCUCCAGCAGCUUGGUCUGAACAGCACCUGUGAUGACAGUAUCAUCGUCAAGACGGUGUGUGGCGCAGUAUCAAGGAGGGCGGCUCAGCUGUGUGGAGCUGGGAUGGCUGCCGUUGUAGACAAAAUAAGGGAGAACAGAGGCUUGGACCACCUGGAUGUAACGGUGGGCGUUGAUGGUACACUGUAUAAGCUUCACCCACAUUUUUCAAGGGUCAUGCACCAAACGGUAAAGGACCUGGCCCCCAAGUGCGAUGUGACAUUCCUUCUGUCCGAAGAUGGCAGUGGCAAAGGGGCUGCCCUCAUCACUGCCGUGGGAUGUAGACUGCGUGAGGCUGAGCAUAACUGAACUCUGCACCACUGGCUCAUUCUGCCUUCCGAGCACUUCCUUGCGAAAAGCAGCGGUUCUGUAGUCUGAACUGGCAAGAGGGGAAGCCCAGAGUCCCACUGCUGCUUUAUGGAAGCGUUGGAGUUAAAAAAAUAAAAAUAGGAUACUGAAUAGCGUGUGCUGCUGUUGCUGAUAAUAUUUCCCUCCUCUGAACCCCUUGUCUGCAUGUGUCUUUUUCUGCCCUAUUUGGCACAUUCCCCGUGUGUAAAUCAUUCAAAGGAAAAAA